GCGUAUAUAGUGUAGCAGACCGACUCCCGAAGCAGGCCCAGACGGUCCGGCAAGCAGGCGACAGACACGACACACACAAACACAGACACACGACUUCCUUGGUCGCACACAGGCGGUUCCUCUCUCUCCUCCCCUCACUCCCGCCUCGUAACCCCCUUCAGACACUCGUAGCGGGCGAGACGCGGGCUGCUAGUUAUAUAUUUGUGUUGUGCUAGCGUGCGUGGUGACGGCGGCGGCAGCAGGAGCCCCAGCAGAAGCAGACAUGAGCAGGAUGGGCAGCGGGUCUUGUCUCCUCGCCCUCGUCCUCCUGGCAGCCUCGUCCUCUGCCAUUGACAUCAACCGCCUCUCAGGGCACCGACACUACACCAAGAGAUCAGGUGAGGGUGGCGUGCGACCCAGAGGACCGUACCUCCUCUACCUCUUGUCAUCUCCGUCGAACAUGCAUGAAGCGUACGGCUACCUCUACCGCCAGCCCGAGUACCACCCCCCCUCUCAAGGACCCAAGGACUGCAUGCCAUACGAACCCUUCCGUUGCCCAGGAGGCGAAAUCUGCAUCUCCAUCCAGUACCUGUGUGACGGAGCACCCGACUGUCCCGAUGGCUACGACGAGAACCUGCGCCUCUGUACGGCAGCCAAGAGGCCCCCCGUGGAAGAGACGUCCUCGUUCCUGCACUCCCUCCUCGCUUCGCACGGCCCCAACUACCUGGAGAAGCUGUUCGGCACCAAGGCUCGUAACGCCCUUGAGCCUCUAGGUGGUGUGCAGAAGGUGGCCAUUGCCCUGUCAGAGUCCCAGACCAUUGACGAGUUCGGGGAGGCCCUUCACCUGCUCCGCUCCGACGUGGAACACCUGCGCUCCGUCUUCAUGGCUGUCGAGAACGGGGACAUCGGCAUGCUGAAGUCCCUCGGCAUCAAGGACUCCGAGCUCGGCGACGUCAAGUUCUUCUUGGAGAAACUUGUCAACACCGGCUUCCUGGACUGAGCGGGCAGGCCAGCGCGAGAGCGGAGGAGGAGGUGGUGGUGGGAAAGAAGGGAGAUGGAGGUGGAGAGGAGAGAGUGAGGAGAAAAGACUUAAGAGAGGGUGGAGGAGGAGGAGGAGGAGAUAGGAAAGAAAGGAGGAGAGGGAGAAAAAAAACUAGUGAGUGAAGGAGGAGGAGGAGGUGGUGGGAAAGAAGAAAAGGAAAGAAUGGCGGGAGAAGAGAGAAGAGUAUGAACUAUUCUAGGUUAAAACGACGUAACUUUCUGACUUUAUAUUAUAUUUUAUUGACGAACGAGGAAGAGCGUGAAUGAAUGAAGUGCACAGAUUAAGAUAAGUGAACGACACAAACACGACCAAAAAAAUAGAUAAACAUUGGAUUAAUAUUUUUCUCACACUUAAGAAAAAGAAGAGAAAGGGAAAGGUAGAGAGAGCGAGACUGAGAGGAAUAAAAUGAAUGAGAGAAUGAGAGUUUGAUAAAUGGUAAGAUGCAGAGAGAAAGAGAAAGAAAAACGAUGGCUGACAGAGAUUCGUUCUAGUUCGAAAGAAGUAAAAUUUAUUAAAAGAAAAACGAGAUAGAUAAGAGAGAAAGAGAGAGAUAAUGAAUGUCAAGAGGUCAAUUUCAGUUUUAUGAUUUGAUCACUCAGAUUCACAAGCCAAAUACACUGAGAGAUUACGAGAGAAAGAAAGCGAUAUUUAGAUGCUUAGUGAGACAGAUAAGAGAAAGAGCGAAACAGCGACUGGUAGAUACUCGUUUCAGUUUCACGGUUCACUGCUUCAAUGUCGCGAGUCAAUGCUUCAGUUUCACGAGUCCAAAGCCUUAAACGUCUCGGCGCCUCAGUUCGCCUCUUUGAAAAGCCUCUCGUAGAAGUUGCUGGGAUUCUUAUGGACUGUUUGGUGAUGCCAGUGAUAGUUGUACACGAUUCCUGCAUCAUGAACGGGAAAGUCACCCACGAUAAUCCGGUCAGUCUUCUCUGUGGCCUUGGGAAUGGUCGAAAUGGCAGUCCGAGACGUUUAAGAAUAUCGUCACCCUAAGAAAAUAAUCGCCUAAGUCAUUUUUCAGCGAUUUCCAGGUUUUUCUUUACAUCAAUUUUGUUAACAUGCGACUGCCGUUUUUGUAGAAUUGCCUUCGUCAUUCAGGGUUUGAGUGUUCUAGAAUUGGCCUUUUCGUUUCUGCCUAAAUCUUAAGCCAAAUGAGAUAAUGACAAUUCUUUUCUCAUUCCCUGUAAAGUAGAAAAUAAUGACGUAGGCGGUUUGUUUACGAAGGUGACGAUAUGAACCUGUGCUCUCCCCGUCACCCCCCUCAGGCACCACCCAGGCACCGCGCGUCCCCCAGCCAGCGUGUAGCAGUCCCCUGUAAGCCGUAGUCCGUUUCCACUCACUCCCGUAGGCGAGGCGACACUACUAGACUUAAUUACCGGUAAGUUCAGUGUACAGCACCGUAAUUAUUGCUUCUCUGAGUCAGCGGUUGACGUGAACACACACACACACACACACACACACACACACACUCCGAGGUGACAGUGUAGACCAAUGAACAGUUAGUUAUGCACCAGGUAAGCUGAUUAACAGGUGAACUAAUUAAAAGUGAAAUGAUUAACAGAUAGACCAACAGGCAAGAUAUUUAACGGUAAAGUAAUUAUCAGGUAGAUAGCUACAUACAGUGUUGCGCAAAAGUACACACCACCGUUAUGCAACCACAAUGUUACAAAACGUUACGCAUCUUUGUAAAACCACAGUGUUGCAAAAAGCAUUCUGAGCCGUAGAGGCGAGUGAAGUCCCGUCAAAAUUCAUACGGCCCUGGAUACAUAAUAUUGCGGAGGAGUGCACGCAAUCACCAUACAAGCGUAGAGUGUCUAGGUAAUCAGUAUGAACCAACUCCUACCUGGCCACCCGAUUUUCGUCAGCCUUGGGGCCUCUGUUGUGUUGUCAUUCUGUUUAGAAUAAUUGGAAUAAUGUGCGUGAACACUUAUUUUGCUUUGUUGCGUAUUGACCUGCAGCUUGUGACAGACAUUGUAUUCAUUGUAGAUAUUACUGAUGCUAUUACAGUGUGUUAAGAAUAUAUAUUAUGUAUAUAUUUACGUUGCCGAAAAGGAAAUUCUGCCAGUAGUGGUCUUGUUUGCUAGAGUUGUCACACACACACACACACACACACACACACACACACACACACACACACACACACACAGACCUUUCCUUCAGAGAGAGAGAGAGAGAGAGAGAGAGAGAGAGAGAGAGAGAGAGAGAGAGAGAGAGAGAGAGAGAGAGAGAGUGUGUGCGUGUGCGUGUGUGUAAGAGGAAAGGGGAGAGGUGGAGAAACAUUGAGUAGCAUUAAUAAGACGAUGGAAAAGGAAAGUAAGGAAGGAAAGAAAAGAAAAUCGGAAAAAUGAAAGAAGAAACAGACAGAUAGAAAUAAAGGUAGAAACAAUUAGGAAUGAAAAAGUGGAGGAGGACAAGAAGUGGUUGAAGGAAGGAGGAAGGAAAGGAGUGUGCCCAAAGCGUGGAGUGUAGCGAGCGUAGAGUGUGAGCAGUGCGUGGGUGUCAUCCUGGCGCCGGCGUCCCCCGAGCAGUGCAGCUGAUGUGUAAAGUAAAACGUAGCCACUAAAAAAUCCUCUAAUGAUAGUACUGAUAAUAAAGAUAAUAAUGAUAGUAAUAAUAAUAAUAAUAAUAAUAGUAAUAAUAUACAGAAGUUUUAUUGUGCAUCUUGAGUGUUUUAAACUUUUAAGAGUGAUGUUAUUAAAGUGUUUUGCCAAAGUUGAUUGUUUGAGAAAUUGUUUGUUUGAUUGAUUGAUUGACUGAUUGAUUGAAGCGGUUUUGGUUCUGAAGGAACUGACAGCUAUCGUAAAACAACAUAAAAAAGUAAAAAUAAUAAUACAAACAAUUCUUCACUAGAGCAGAAUCGUGGAUCAUCACUAGGAUGUAUUAUUGUAUUUACUUAUAUGCAUUAUUGUUGUCAGUGCAGCUGGAUUAAUUAAGUAAUAAAUAUUUUCUCCUGCAAUACCCACAUUAAUACCUUGACCUGCAGUGUUUACUCUCCAUACAGAUAAAUUAUACAAAAGCAUAAAUAUAUCUAAUAAAUUGUGUACAACCA